UCCGACGAUCUUACCACAACCAACAAUUGUUAUCUGAGCUCUAUCCUCUAUCAUGUUAUUGAUCGAUUUUGUUCAUUAUUAAUUUGCUGUAUGUUCAAAUGGCAGAGCCACACAUGGGCAAAGGUUGUCCACUAAUUUGGUGUAUGUUCAGGGGUAGAGCCACAUAAGGGAAAGGGUGGUCCAAACUUUCUGAUAAGUUUUUUUUUUCCCUUUUCCUGUCAAAUUUCCUUGCAUUGGGUUGUUGAAGUUGAUGCUUGUUUCAUAAAAUUUUCUUUUUGUUAAUGCCCAGUAAGUUGCACAUUAUGUGUUUUAGAAAAUGCAUAAUAUGGUAAACAAUUAAAUCCCAAAUUGUAAGUCGAUAAUAUGUGAUUCUUUGUUAAUCUGAAAAUUCAUUUUUAUAAGCCAAGUUGAAAUGCACUUUAGUAUUCACCUUUUUGAACCAUUUUUUCUUUAUACUCAACUACAUAUUUGAUGUGUGUUUAAUGAAACAGGAUACUAUUGGAUGGGAGUUUAAGAGUUCUUUGAUGUGAUUCUUUGUAUUAGUCAUAUUGAAGUUUUUUGUAUGCCUCAUUCUCCUUGUCUUGAACUGCUCAUAUUACUGCAUAAUUGUGCUGUGUUAACAUACAAUUUUUGGCAUGCAUAAAUGUGAAAGCAUUAGCUGAAUAGUAGCUCGUAGUUCGUUUCUUUGUUAUUAUUUCGGACCUGUCGCAACUCGCAACAUCUUUGCAAAUCUACACCAUAUCGUUUUGAUUUUAUCUGGUGUACCGGAAAGGACAAAAUAAAAUUUGGGCUGCGUGGUUGGUGGCGGAACAAUACCCUUCUAUCUGCCUGGUGGCGUUCCGACUACUCCGUCAAGUGUGUGUAACUUGAAAAACGAAGGCGGGGCUUCCUCUCUCGUUUUACCUCCGGCGUGAGAAUUAGUUUAUAGACUUGGAAAAAAUGCAAUUGGAAUUCAGAUGGCUAAAAAGAGAGAGAGAGAGAGAGAGAUCCCUUUACCUGUAUCACAUCCGGGGGUAUUUAUAGAUAUUGGAAAUUGGAUAACCGCUGGGCGGUCGUGGUGCUAUGUGUCCCACGUUGGCAUUCCCACUACCCCCACGUGCUGAGUGGGGGAUCUUUAACUUCCUGCUUGGAGGUUGCGCCUGUAUUAACCGCCAUGGAAUCUAGUCAAUUCACUAGAGGUUUUGUGGCUAAGUAUUUGGAUAAUCGUAUAGGUAAUUCCAUGUCAGUUGAAGACUUCGCGUAGAGGUAGAGCGACCUUGGGGGGGUCGACGGCCUCGAAUAGUAGAGCGCCCCUGGGGGUAGUGGUAGAGCGCCCCUGGAGGGGGGUCGAUGGCCUCGCGUAGUAAUAGAGCGCCCCUGGGGGGAUGGCCGUGCACGGUGGUAGAGCACCACUUGAGGAUAGUGGUAGAGCAUCCCUUAAGGGUCGGUGGCCUUACAACGAAGUGCAACGAUCCAUCUUGCUUGUCGUCGAGGGUAGCUUCCUCUAACAACCUAUAUCAUUAGCCUCCUUACCCCUUGUCAAUGUUAUCGGCAAGGGGUAGCAAUUUUCUUUAUCCGGUUUGAUUUGAAUUUUUUUUUUAAAUGAUAAAUGAGUAGUUCGUAUUAGCAAGUCGAGCAAUGCAAUUGAAAUCAAGUAGCAAUUUUACUGUAUACAUGGCACCCCAUCAAUGGUCCUAAUGUUGGAGGGAAUUUUUCCCCCAAAAAAGUUUGAAUUCUUGUGUCUAUAAAAGGGAGAUGAUUUCUACUUCAAACAAUCACUCUCAUUUUCUCACAACAUCCUAGGCUUUCUCCUUCCUAAGGUAAUUUUCUCUCCUUUUUAAUCCAAAGUCUUGCUUUGAAUUUGUUAUCUUCAUCUUUUUUUGUUGCCAUGUAUAAGACAUUUCUUUCUUCUCCUUCCAAUGAGAAUAAUGAUGGGGGGUGUGGUGACUCGACCGGACUUUCGUCGAAGGGUAUCGGAGGGGGUCCGACCAGCCUACGGGGGGCCGACCGGUGACCAGCAGGGUUGGCCCCAUGGUUGGUCGACAUGAUUGACCAGCUGUCGACUAUUGUCGACCAGCCAUAGGACUGGUCGAGCGACGGCCAACCUUUGGGCUGGCCGUCCCCUGACUUUUCCUGAGCUUCGUAGCCUAUUCGGCCCUUCAACCUGACUCAUUAGUAACUCGCCCCCUUCGCCCGGUAGAUCUCUUUAUGACAUUGAUAGUGAAACUCAUUCAAUCGAUUCUCAGGGGUUUGUCCCAAAUUCCCUAAAGAGGCAUAUUAGUUCUACCAAAUUUUCGAACCAAAAUUUAGAAAUUGGGCAAGACCCGGCUGGUGAGGUUGUCUCCCUAGAUAUCCCAAAAAGUUAUAGUCUCUACAAUUUCCCACUUAAGUUGGAAAAAUGUCUAGGUAAGUAUGACUGAGUUGAUGAUUACAUCUAUAGAGCCCCCGGUCCUAAAGAAAGACUCCCUGGGUCUGACCCCGCGAGGUAGCCGUGUACAAGGCUGUUAUGGACGGGGGUUUUCAGUUCCCCAUUCAUCCCUUUUUUGUGUCGAUUUUCAAUGAGUUUCACCUUACUCCUAGUCAAAUUAAUCCCAACGCUUGGAGAAAGGCGUUAUAUUUCCUAUAAGUUUGUCUCAAAAGGAAAAUAUCACUUUCCAUAGACAUUUUCAGGUGUGUCUUUGAAAUACAUGAGCUAGUUCAAUGUAAUGCAUUCGUCUAUUUUACAACCAGAGUUCCUUUGCAAUUUCCUAAAUUUAGAAAUUUGAAUAGCGGAUGGAAAUCCUGAUUCUUCUUCGUCCAGCCUUCAGCGGGUCGGUUCUCUUUCAACACCAAUUGGCGACACCCCAAAAUUUGUCCCUCCAAUAAUCAAGUAGAAGUUAUCCCCUUUCUAAAAGCUCAAAUCCAAGAGUUGGUUGAUGUACCGCCUCUCGCACCUGACUUAGGAUCAGUCUUGACCAUGAAGAACAUGUUGAUAGUGGGGAUGAGUCGUCUUACUAGUAGGUUGUUUCUGUCGAUUUUUUUUAUCGCAUAAACACACAUUCACUUAUUAUUUUUUGCUUUUAGUUUUUCGGGACUAAUGAGUUUGGGUGUGUGCAUACAGAUAUGGACUUUGAUCUUGAUGAGGUAUUGAAGACACUGCCAGAAGGCGAUGAGGGCCCUGCUCCCAUUGAUGGGGCAGAGCUUGAUCUUGAAGGGAUCAUGGAUUCCAUACCCAACCAGGGGCAGGGGGAUGGGCGGAUCCAUCACCUAUCCCUUCAAAGAGAAGGAGGGCGGCUGAUCAAAAGGGAGGUCUCGGGCAAUCAAUGAGACCUCCCAGCCUCAAGACGAGCCUCGUGAGGUGGCUCCAGCUCCUAGGCCGGGUGCUUCCAGCCGUGCACAGUGUGAGCGCGAUGAUUCACUUCCCAACUUCGGGUUUCCCCCCACCCGGGGCUAUCAUGAGAUGGGGGUGCUCAAGUCUUUGCUGACGUCCACUCGAUCUAAAGCAAUUGCAGGGUGUAGUGCAGACGACAUUGAAAGGGCUACGGCUGUUUAUCUCCAGAGGGUGGUAGCUCUCCAGACUGGACUCGCUGAAUCGAAUCAUCGCCUGGCCUCGGAGUUGAAGACUCUUACUGAAGAAAAGAAAAAGGAGGCUCAUCAUUACAAGAAAAAGAUAUCCUCCUUGAAGAAAUCUCUGGAGACGUUGGAUGCUCGAGCUCACGAGCAGGAGACGGAGAAUAACAACUUGCGUUCUAUUUUGGCUCACGCUCCGGAAGAGGCAAUUGAGAGGUCUAAGGCCUCAGCUGAGUAUGCCAGAGAUCUCGAGGUAUCUGUGGAGCAGUAUAAGACGUCGUCCGAUUAUGCUAAGGCUUUGAAUUCAUAUGGGGGGAAGGCGAUGACAGCGUCUAUCAAACUCUCCAAGGAGUGGAUUAUGGUCAAGCAUCCUUCUAUAGACCCCUCUGGUCUAGAUAGAUUUCUUGUGCAGCGCGAUGGGAAGGAGAGUGGAGCAUAGUCAUCCAGGUCGCUUGGACGUUUAUCACAAGGUGGUAGUGGGGAUGUCUCCCCUUCGAGCUGAAGCAUUUCUUAGUUGUUGUUCCCUUUGCUAGCUUUUCCUUUUUCGUGUUUACUUUUGUUUAGUCUCAUUAUCUCCUACUUGUCCAGGAUGUGGGCAAGAGUUUCUCAUAUGUACAAGUACAUUUUUCGUUUGCUAUUAUUAGUGUUGAGUGCA